AUGACUUCUCAUAGUACACAAAUACUUACCAAUAAAGUCAAGCUUGAUAAUAAGUUAGAACCUCAUAUUUCAAUUGAAGAUAAAAUUUCUAGAAUUUUUAAAAAUUCAAAAAUAUACGCACUUUCUUUUAAUUAUGACGAUGCAGCAGGCUCUAAAAAGACAGUUCUCGAGGAUACUAACUGUACUAACGGCUUUGCCGCUGCUGUUUUCCAUGCCUAUAAUUAUCACAAACAUUUACGUUUAAGUCCUGAUGAUAUUUGGCUUACUGUUGCUCAAGGAGUUAGCCAUCAUAUUAAUAAAUAUUCGGAAAAGUUCCGUGACAGGUUUGUUAAACAUAAAGGGAAAAAAGAAAUUAAUAUUUUUGUUGGCGAUAUCUUAUCCGGAACUACUCUUGAAGGUGAUUGGAAAGAAGCUGUAAAUAGACUUGUCAUGAAAACUGAUGAGUAUGUGGAAAAUAUUGAACUUAAAGAAUUAUUAGAGUGUGACUUUUCAACAACAACUUCAAGCAGCUUAACA